AUGUCAGCCAUCACCGCCACCUCGGUCACCACUACUACUUCAACCACCACCACUACGAGUACACCAGUGAAGGUAGUCGACAAAACUAAGAAGGUAGAAGAGACACUCGAAACUACUACCACAACUACCAAGACGACCACUGUCACUCCCAUCAAGGAGGAAGCCAAGAAGCAAAAGGCAAUCGUCAACAAAGUUUGGAAUGACUCUGACCCCAUCCGUGCCCAGUUGUUUCGCGACCUGUGUUUCGGUCGCUAUGGGUCUGAGACCGCGGCUACCGAAAUCCACCGCGAUUCUGAGCGUGAUUAUUCCCAGUACAAUCUUCAGACCAUUCAAAGGAAAGCAAGAGAGCUUCGAAUCCUGGUCAAAGGUUGUCAUCGCGGUGUCUGGCUGGACGAGAUGAAGGGCUUUAAGGAACUUUGCCAGCUUGAAAAGCUCCCUACAGAAGAAGAGAAGAAGGGUCGAGUGGAGGAAUACAAGCGUUUUGAAAAGCAAUAUCCCAUUCGCACGGUACCAUCCAAGAAAAACGACAGGUUCAUCAAUGAUCUAGAAGAGCUGUUGGAUGAUUUCGUUGCCUUUGCCGUGGAAUCAUCUGGGGUGAAGGUCUAG